AACCGAAGGCAGAGGCUACCUUACUCCCACCUGCUCAACAUAUGCAUCCGCAAGGGAGAAAAGGUCCGCGACUUCAUAGUCCGGUGGGAGAAGGAAGCCAGAGACGUGCACGGGGCGGAUGACCAAGCGUUGGUUGCCAUGUUCCAAGCAGCCCUUCCCCGCGGAGAGGUGAGGAAGGAGUUCGACGACGCCCCAGACUCCGAGGCCGCGCCGGCCAAGCGAGCUCCAGCGGACUCGGGAGAGACCGCGAAGAAGAGGAAGAAGAAGAAAGACUAUACCGCGGGCCCGAGGACGCCCUCGGCCGGAGUGUACUCCGUGGGCGUCCCCGUGGGGACGGGUCGAGAGCUUGCCCUCUCCCCGCUCCCCCACGUAGAGGCUUACGCGGUGUCCAGCGGAGCCAAGUAUUGCGAGUACCAUCGUAACAACACUCAUAACACUAAGGAAUGCUUCACUCUUCAGAAUGAAAUGCAGCGACUCAUCGCCCGAGGGCCGCCUCCGCGAGACGAUGCGGCUACCCCCUCCCGGGGGCCGCCGGAAGGAAGAACUUGGAGGAAGCCGACUGAGCCUGUCGCAGUGGCGACGAAGGCAAGGAACCCCGAGAAGAGGCACAUCGGGCGGGAGUGCGACGAUCUAGACGAAGACGAAGCCCAAGGAUAUCCAGUGGGAUUUAUCCAUGGGGGAAACAUUGGCGGGGACUCCGUCGCUCAGAGGAAGAGGUGGAAGCACAUGGUCUUUGUCGCCAAGGUCCAUCAGGCGCCGGCGCCCAAGCUCGGAAGACGAGAGCAGAUCCAAUUCACGGAGAAGGAUCUUCCGAACACGCUGAGUCCCCACCGGGAUGCCUUAGUCGUGAAGAUAGAGAUCAACGACGCCAUAGUACACCGCACCUUGGUGGACACGGGAAGCUCAGUCAACAUAAUGUAUGAGAAAACAUUCCAAGACCUCGGUUUGAACCGCAAGGACUUAAGGCCUGUGCGCACUCCUCUCUCCGGAUUCACGGGGGACUCCAUCGAGGCCGAGGGAGUUAUCGCUGUGCCCGUGAUAGUAGGGGAUGGAGGAAAUGCGCAAGCUGGAAGCUCGGCCGAAGGUCGAGCCCGCGAGGAAGUCGAGGAAGUGCCGCUCGACCCGCAGAUACCCGAGCGGAAGGUUAAGGUCAGGGCGAGCCUGACGACGAGCCAGCGGAGGCGCUUGGUGGACGUGCUCGCCGCCUACCGCGUGAUCUUCGCGUGGGGACCUGGGGAUAUGCCGGGGGUGGACCCCAAGAUCAUAUGCCACCGGUUGGCAGUCAACCCGGAGUCUAGGCCGGUGAAGAAGAAGAAGCGUUUCCUCUCGUCCGAGCGGAGGGAGUUUGUCUCCAAGGAACGGUUGACGCCCUACUUCCAAGCUCACCCGGUUCAAGUGCUCUCCCAGCAGCCCAUAGGUGCGUUGCUCAGGAGUCCGAACGCGCCCUCUCGCAUGUCCAAGUGGGCGGUGUUCCUUGGAGCCUUCCUGAUCGAGUUCAAGCCAAGGAAAGCAAUCAAAGGCCAAGCGCUGGCUGACUUCGUGGUAGAAUGCACCGCUCGAGAAGAGCCGAGCGCGGAACUUGAAACCGACGAUUGGUGGACAGUUUUUACCGACGGCUCCUCCGCCGCCAAAAACUCGGGGGGUGGAGUGGUAGUCAUCGCUCCCGAAGGCUUCAGAGCAUAUUACUCAGUCCGAUUCGGCUUCAAGGCAUCAAAUAAUGAGGCGGAAUAUGAAGCGCUCUUGUGCGGGUUACGUCUGGCAGCCGGGAUGAACGCGACAAAGCUAAGGAUAAAGUGUGAUUCGAAAUUGGUGGUUGGCCAUGUGUCGGGAGAGUUCGAGGCGAAGGACGAAAGAAUGAAGAAAUACAGAGAUACGGCUCUAGAACUACUUAAAAGCUUCACCGCGUAUAGUGUCGAGCAGAUCCCUCGGGCGGAGAACGUCGAGGCGGAUAUCUUGUCGAAGCUGAGCUCAGACACGCUCGAGCACAUCAGGCGAAUGGCGAAUGUGGAAGAGCUGUCCGAGCCGAGCAUCCAUGCCUUCCCCGUGGCAAUGAUCUGUGCUCAGCCAAGAAAUUGGACGGACGACAUAGUAGCCUUCCUGAAGGAUGGCACCCUCCCAGACGAGUCGAUGAAGGCCAUGUUGGUCCGGACAAGGGCACCGGGGUAUACCUUGGAAGGCGAGAAGCUAUACAAGCGAGCAUACAACGGGACGCUACUUAGGUGCCUCCGAUCGGCCGAAGCGAAACAAGUCAUGGGGGAGGUGCACGCCGGAAUCUGCUCCGCCCACCAAGGAGCAUAUGCGGUGUCAAGGAAGAUAACCCUUCAAGGAUAUUUUUGGCCAACAAUUGUUAAGGAUUGCGCGGAGUUCGUAAAGAAGUGUAAAGUGUGCCAAGAGUUCCAGAAGGUACCGGGGAUGCCUUCAACCAACUACACCCCGAUCAGCACAGCCAUCCCGUUCGCGCGAUGGGGGUUGGAUCUCGUGGGUGCACUCCCAAGGGGCACCGGGAACGUGAGGUACGUCAUCGUAGCCAUUGACUAUUUCCCUAAGUGGGUGGAAGCAGCCCCAUUGGCAAGCAUCACCAGAGCUCAAUGCCAGAAGUUUCUCGCAAAGCAAGUCAUCUGUCGCUUCGGCAUUCCCGAGCACAUAAUCACAGACAAUGGGACACAAUUCGAGUCCAAGCCCUUCAAUGCCUUCCUCGAGAGUUGGGGGAUCAAGCACAGCUAUGCGUCGGUUGGGUACCCUCAGACGAACGGACAGGUUGAGAAUGCCAACCGAACGAUAGUCGACGGGCUGAAGCGGAAGUUGGAGGCCUGCGGAGGAGAGUGGGCAGAGGAGUUGCCUUAUAUCCUAUGGACCUACCGGACUACGCCUAGGAGGGCAACCGGGGAAACCCCCUUCGCCUUGUGCUACGGAUUCGAGGCAAGGGCCCCUGCAGAGAUCUCCAUCGCAACUCACCGGGAGGAGGUCUUCGACCCUGAGCGUAACGAAGAAGCCCUGGCAGCCGAGCUCCAUCUCGUACACGAGAGGCGAGAAGCGGCCUUCAUACGGGCAGAUGUUGUUGAUAUUUUAUUUACUCGCAAGUGCACGAACCGUACGAAAGUAUAGCAAUGCAAAUACGAGGUCGAUCCCACAGGGACUUGAUUAUGUGAAGAAUUUUAUUCUAGAUACAAUUGAAUAUUUCUAAUCUGGUUGGACAAAGUUUAAUAUUUAAAAAAAACAACUAAAUAUGAAAGUGACUAAUUUUAAAGAAAGCUUAAUAUAAACAAAAACUAAAGAUUUUU